AUGGGAGACGUAAUUCCACCCAACGAGGAGAUCAAGAGACCCAAGCCACCGCUAGAUGAAUCUUCUGUCAGAGGUUUCAAUUGGUGGAGACGCACUUUUCAGUACAAAACAGGGCUAGGCCUUACUACUGUCGAAAAGGACCGGUAUGAAAACGAUUAUCAGUUUAUCAUUCAAAGGGAUCAGUGCAACAAAUGCUACGAAUAUCGCGAUUGGCUCUUGAAAUACUCGCCCACAGUCAUAUUCAUGGCCCAGCAGAUUGCAAAGCUUAAUAAGAAAGAUACAAACGCGCUCAAGUUUGAUGAGUCCAAGAUCAUUUGCGAUAUCUGUCCAGAGUGGAGAAGCGGUGGCUUUCAUCCAGAACUAGGAAUUCUACUUUGUCAAAAUAGAAUUCGCGACAAAUGGCAUCUCGAAGAUACCAUGGCUCAUGAGAUGGUACAUUAUUUCGAUAACUUAAAAUGGCAGGUGGACUGGCUUAACCUGAAGCACCACGCAUGCUCUGAGAUACGUGCAUCAAGUCUAAGCGGAGAGUGCAGGUUUAUGCAGGAGUUCUCUAGGAGAGGCUUUGGGUUCAAGGUUAGUGGGGGGCAUCAGGAAUGUGUGCGAAGACGCGCGACACUCAGUGUGAUGGGCAACCCCAACUGUAAGGAUCAGAAACACGCUGAGAAAAUAGUGAACGAGGUGUGGGACAGUUGCUUUGGUGACACAAGGCCGUUUGAGGAAAUUUACAGGUGA